AUGGCUUCCUUUAAAUUGGCUAUUUGUACUAGUAUAUGCAGAUACUUUCCCUUAAAGCCAUUUAAAAAGACCAAUACGAGUUGCGCUUUUCACACUUCAGACGGCAUAGCCGCCGAAAGUGAAGGUGUACGAUUCAUACGCCUACGUGAGGACGCAGAAGUGGGCAAGGAAAUACUUAUAUUGAAUGCAUACCCACGCACAAAGAUAGCGCUGAUGGGAUCCGAGGGCAGUGGUGAUCACAAGUACUUUGGACUGCAGGAGAUAAAUGCAACUACCAUUGGAAUUAUGCUUUCACACUCUUUGGAGGAUUUAGUAGAUAGUGAGGUGCCAAAAAAUUUAUUAAAAUUUCGCGUUCUCUGUGCGGGAAAAGGAGAAAAACUUGAGGAGGGUAGCUAUUUAUCGAUUACUGUUUAUAUAGAAGAUGUAAACGAUAAUGUGCCAGAAUUUCUAAAUACACCCUAUACUAUUAAUAUUAAUGAGAACACACCAAUCGGUACUGUGAUUUUUGAAGGCAUACAAGCAAUCGAUCAUGACAAGCCAAACACGCCAAACUCUGAUGUGCAUUUCAGCAUAUCGACUGUGGCAGAUCAGUUAUCCGCUGAUGGCAGUCCAUACUUUGCACUGAAAGGUCCACAUCGUCCAUUAUUAGUACUGAAAAAGGAACUUGACUUCGAUUAUGGAAUUCGAAGUUUUAAAUUGCCACUCUUUGCUUGGGAUAGAGGCACACCAGUGAAUCAAGCGAAUACGACAAUUACAAUAAAUGUGCUGGACAUUGAUGAUCUUCCACCAAAGUUUACUGAAGGCGUUUACCGGACUAAGAUCAAUGAAUUUUUUCCAUUAACGGGAAAACCAAUACGAAUGCCACUCUACUUUUCACCACCCAUAAUGGCUUACGAUCAGGAUUCGUUAAAUGCAACUUUGAUUUAUGAUAUCAUAUCAGGAAAUGAAAGGAAAAUCUUUCGCGUAAGUCCACAUAAUGGAGUUGUUUGGAUACAAAAAGAAAUCGAUCUAGAAGAAGAAAGCUUACCGGGCAACACAUUUGUUUUACAAAUCGAAGCACGACAGCGUGAUAAUCCUCUACAAAAAGCCGUAGCCAGAAUUGAAGUUGAAAUACUUGACUUAAAUGACAAUAUGCCAGAAUUUGAAGCGGACUUCUACAAUAUAUCAAUUGUGGAGAAUUUACCUACCAGUUUCAGUGUUUUGCAAGUAAAUGCUAUUGAUCGCGAUCAGGGGGAAAAUGCCGAAUUUCUUUACAAUUUAAUUGAAGAAGAAGUUUCUAGAGGUGCUUUUCGUAUUGAUUCCCGUAAUGGUUGGAUAACAGUGCGUGAUGAUCGCUUACUUGAUCGUGAGCAACGCAAAGCAAUACGUCUAGUCGUAGAAGCUAUUGAACGAAAUCCACCCUACAUAGGCGAUAGGAAUUUCAGAAGAAGCAUACCUAACUCAGUUAAAGUAAUGAUCACACUGUUGGAUACAAAUGAUAAUACACCAAAAUUCGAACGUGGUAAUUUGUAUGAAUUUAAAGUGCCCAUUACUGCACCGGUUGGCUACAAAAUCGGAGAAGUAGUAGCUCUGGAUCCAGAUGAUGGCCCAAAUGGCAUGCUGACGUAUGAACUGCAACGACCUAAAGGCAGUGGUUAUAUACCAUUUCAUUUGGAUAGUAAAAAUGGCAGCAUACAUGUUAGUGGACCGUUACGCAGAGGUCGUAUUGCCGUAUUUGUUGAAGCAAGUGAUCAGCCUACAAAUCCAUCAGAGCGCCGUUUUACCUUAGCAGUAAUAACGAUUGAAGUUUACGCUACGAUUGACGAUCAAGCAAUAGAUUUUGUAGGUGCACCUUACGAAUUUUGGGUUGGCUCAGAUGCAGGAUUAGGUACUUCAGUGGGUCAAGUUCGGACAACUCUCAUUUAUGAUGGAGAGGAUGAAAUUAUGUAUGAUCUUCUACACACAUACUCAGAAGGUGUGCCAUUUGCAAUUGAAGAGCGAUCUGGUAUUAUAACGGUUAUACGUGAACUGUCGGAAUUCAAAAGAAAAGUUUAUCACUUUGAGGCAGUUGCGAACUACAUGUUUGCAAAUUCAUCUCAACCACUGCCGAUGCCUCGCAGCGCACAGCCAAAGGCACUAGAACUUACUGAUGAAGGUGUUCUCAUAACCAAUGUCACCAUACACGUAGUACCGAAACCAGAUAAUAGAGUUAAUCUGCGGCCUGUUAUAGAAGAAAUCAAUAUGAAUGCAAUUACAUUUCACAUCGAAGAGAAUCUAGUGGGUGGCAAAAUUGGUCAGCUACUUUAUAAGAACGGCGUUAAUGUGGUAAACAACGACUUGGGUUCGUACAGAGAACUGAAACACAAGAAUAACGUCACUAUUGGCAGUAAAUUUCGUAGUAAUAACCCGCGUCUUUUCAAUAGAAAGCGUCUUCCUCGUAGACUUGUAGGCGAUUCCAAUGUAAAGCUACGCUACAUCAUUGCAAAUCAACAAGAAGUUGUAAACAAAAUUUCUAUCACCGAGGAUGGAACGCUUAUAACACUUAUGGGACUCGAUCGUGAACAACAACCUAAAUAUGAUCUCACUGUGAUUGUGGAGUACUCCACAGGACUUGUAAGUGGAGCUGGUAUUUAUCAGGUGCAUGUGAAAGUCGACGAUGUGAAUGAUAAUGCGCCCAAGUUUAACGCGUUGACUUAUGUUGGUUUAAUUAAUGAGAAUAGUGCAAGUGGCAGUGAAGUUUCCACCAACCAAGUAAUACUCGCGAAUGAUGCUGAUGAAGGACGCAAUGCUGAGUUUCGGGUUGUACUGCAAGGGGAAUAUAGUGAACAGUUUAGCAUUGAAUACAUCAACGAUACUUCAGAAGUACUUAAUAAGAGCCAUUACAAUUCGCGUCUCACCAAUGCUGAGACAUUUAACAUUUUUAAUUUAACUGAUCAGUGGAAUGAAGAGAUAAAAUUUGUGGAAAUGCAAACUAUGCUUAUGGAGCCUAGAAUGAAAACCGAUGUUGGUCCACAUUUCCGAAUUAAGUACACAGGCAAACGUCAAUUGGACCGAGAAAAAGAUCAACUCUACAAUCUUAAAAUUGUAGCAGUUGAUACCGGCGGUUUAUCGACGCAGGCCAAUUUGAAUAUCUUGAUUGCUGAUGUCAACGAUAAUGCACCAAUAUUCGAACGAAUUUCAGUAUUUAAGGACUCCAAAAUAGAAAUAAGAGAAUACACCACUGACAUGGAAAUUUACUUUGUCGAGAGUUCGUUCCCACAAUUACAGUCAGUACCAUCUUCGAUUGUUAUACCGCCUUAUCAAAUCCCAGGCUCACCGAGGUACAAUAAAGAUAGCACAUUUAAUGCUACUUAUAUGGGAGCAACGGGUCAAAAGCCACGAGCAAGAACGCGUAUAGCAAAGAAGAGCCGAUCGCCUCGUGCACCUUAUCAAAAGGCUGGUAUAGUCAAAUGCCCUUUAUUUGCCGUAUACGAAAAUAUACCGCUAAACACGAAAGUACUGCAGGUUAUUGCCAGUGAUGAGGAUUUUGGCAAGAACGCUCAAGUGCAUUAUGAAGUUUUGGCAGAACAUAUGGACCGCUCAAUUGGCUCUGGUAUGUUACCGAAGGUAUACGGAGCAAAGUAUUUUACUAUUGACAAACUAACUGGUGAGCUGCAGGUCAACUAUCCUUUAAUGGCAAAUGCGGAGAUUUUCUUGAAUUUGACUGCCACGGAUAUUGAUGGACUAAAGGAUACAACCUGUAUACGUUUUACUGUGAUUGAUGUGAAUAACCAUGCACCUACAUUUAAAAAAUCAUGGUACAGUUUCGAUGUGCAAGAAGGUGAAUACAACAAUAGCGUACUUGGUCAAGUGUUAGCAGUUGACCUCGACUACGGAGAAAAUGCAAACGUAUCUUACAGCUUAAGUGAACUGGACUUGCCUUUCAAAAUUAAAACACUUUCUGGAGUCAUCAAAAUUAUGGGCACACUAGAUCGCGAAGUUCGUGCCAAAUAUAAUUUUCAGGUAAUUGCAAUGGACAAUGCAGAACCGCUGUACAGAAUGUCCAGUACCGUUGAAGUGGAAGUGAAUGUACUCGACCUUAACGACAAUAAACCAGAAUUUGUGGGCUAUGACGAUAUGACAAAUGCAGCGCAAUACAUAACAGAUCUUUCAGAUAAAACAAUUAUGGUGCCCAUAUAUAAAGCGUAUCUCGAUCGUAGUACUACACAAGGCAUGUUUGUUAAGCAAGUGUCAGCAAUAGAUAAAGAUUACGUGGGUAAUGGCAACGGCUUAGUGCUGUAUUCCAUUCAACAUCAAGAUCUGCACACCCCCAUAUUUCAGAUCGAUUCACGUGACGGUACAAUAUCCACUAUAGCAAAUUUCAAAAGCUACAAUGAGUACGAACACUUAAACGUUACCGUUGUGGCAUCCGAUUUAGGUAGCCCACCACGCUCUUCAACUGCAGUCGUGCUUAUAAACCUACAAGGGCAAGCUGUCACAGAACCAAAUGCCAAGCCAAUUGAAGUAGUUGAAUCGCAAAAUAUUUCCGUCUUCCAACACCAGUACUACGAGGUAAAAAUGCUGGAAAACAAUGAUGCACCUGUGGAAAUAUUAAUUGUUAAUUUAACUAAAGAUAUCGAUGUCGAUGCUUACCAUUGGACGUUAUUGAUGGAAGUGGGUGCAGAUGCUGAAGAUGUGCAUCCGCCAUUUGAGUUCGAGGCCAAAACAGGUGCAUUGUAUGCACUCAAAUCAUUCGAUAGAGAAACUAAAGAACUGUAUCAACUACGAAUUCGCGCCGAAAAGUCUAAUCGAGAGGCACGUACUUAUGCGCAAAUUUCCUAUCCUGUUUUGGAUGAACGUAUUCAAGGAUUAGAGCAAAAUGAAUGUAGAGUGGUUGUGAACAUAUUAGAU